CUCGACACCCGCGCAUUCGCAUCAUCAUUGUGAGCGGCUGCAUUACUGUAUUCACCACCCGACGACAUGCACUUCUUGGCAUAAAAUUCACCUUCCGCACGGCGAGUGACGCGUCGUGUCCAACAACAACAACAACAAAGACGCGACGACCAGGCGCAUUACUCCUACCACUCCCACCACACGUCUGGACUCUACCAUCUUUGGAGAUCAGUAUCGCAUACACCCAGACUCAACGUAGAAAGCCCUCACGAUGUUCUACGAAGCCACGCUGCUGUCCAAGACCGGGCCCUUGGCUCGCGUCUGGCUGGCCUCCAACCUCGAUCGCAAACUGACCAAGCAGAACGUGCUGCAGUCUAAUUUGGAGACGAACGUCAAGGAUAUCAUUGGAGAGAGUCAGGCGCCUAUGGCCCUGCGUCUGAGUGGGCAGCUGCUGUUGGGUGUCGUCAAGAUCUACAACAGGAAAGCCAAGUACCUGAUGGAUGAUUGCAACGAUGCCUUACUCAAGAUUAGGCUGGCCUUCAAACCGGGCAAUGUCGAUCUCCCCACUGAUCAAUCACAUCGAGCAAACCCGAACGCCUUGAUUCUGCCCGAUACCAUCACGGAACUCGAUCUCUUUGCGCCUCUGCCAGAUCCCGAGGACCUGCUGCGAGAACCAGAAGCACGCGCGCCCGGACAGGAUCCUACUUUGCUCGACUUUGGAAUGAGCCAGAUCAUGGACAGCCAAACACCAACCCGACCUAAGGAGAAGCGGACGCUACUGCUUGAUGACGAUGAUCUAGGUCUCGACCUGGGACUCGACAUGGACAACGACAUUACACGUUUGAGCGAAGCACCCAGUAUAGAACAAGGCCGUCGCGCUCCAACUCCGAGACGCGAUGAGCCAACGCUGCUGGAAGAUGACGAUCUCGGUCUUGAUUUUGGAUUCAACGACGACACUACCUUGAGACCUACCACUGAAGCUCCUGAACCCAUCAUUGCUGCAGAUGACGACCUCCACAUGGGCGGCAUGGACGACGACGAAGUUGCUCGCGCCAAUGCUGCCGCCAUGGAACGCGUAGCCACUGCUGGCGAACAGCGUCGGCGCUCAGAGUCCCUUCUCUCAUCCAUUCGUAGUAGUGUUGAACGCGAUCUAGAGAAGACUUUCCAGCUCGACCAGGCCCAAAUGCAUGAGGACGAGGACUCCACUGUGCUUCAAGCAGCACAACGCGUGAAGCGAAGAAAAGUUGUCCGUAUGGACAAUGAGACCGAAAUCCAUAACAGCCAAAUCAAGAAGAUGCAGGAAGAUCGCUCUGCUAUCACCAAAGCGCCGACUUACUUGCCACGAGAUCCGCUCCUGCUCCAGCUCAUGGAGAUGCAACGAAAUGGUAGCUUCAUCAGCAACCUCAUGGACGGCCAGAUGCGCGGAUGGGCACCAGAGCUCCGAGGUAUUCUUUCGUUGGAGGUUGUCCGCAAAGCAGGUGACAAAAAGCGAAAGCGAGACUCUGGUAUUGCCGAUGUCGAGACUGACGGAGAGAGGCAAGAAUCGCCACAGCUUGAAAUUCCACAAGAUGAGGACGAAGGCUUCCAGGCUGAUGCUGGCGCUCAUGACUUCGAUGUCACUGCCAAUGACCAUGUUCAACUUAACCUUGAUGAAGAUGAACAUGAGGAGUACGAGGACCACGGUGCAAAUUUCGAUGUGACCGAGGCACCUCUUCUCCACCCAUCUCAGGGCGGCGCUGUUGCUCUUGGCACGAAGAAGAUGGUGCACAUGCUUCGCGAGCACUUUGCACCCGAACAUCCCAAGCACGCCAACGAGCCACCGACACCGAGCAAGCGAGUUAAGAGCUCAGCUUUGUUCACGGAUCUGUGUCCCGAGAAGCGAACUACGAAGGAGGAUGCCACGAAAAUGUUCUUCGAACUUCUGGUGCUGGGUACGAAAGACGCCAUCAAGAUCGAGCAAGAUAGUAAGGGACUUGGCCUCCCGAUCAGAGUGCGAGGUAAGCGCGGUCUCUGGGGAGACUGGGCAGAGAUGCAAUCUGGCGGCGAGAUUGCAAGCCAGGCGCAGCCAGAAGCUCAGCCCGCUCACGUUGAGGGCGAGGCGUAAUGAUGUCGUCGUCUUUGAUAAGUUAGCGAAGGCGCUCUGGUGUUCGGGGAUGAGGUUGCUCUUGGGGAAUAGUGGUGAAGAACUGGCACCAGGCCUGAAGAGGCGUAUUAAAUUGGACGGUCUUGGAUAUUCAACUUCUUGUCUCGAUGGAGAUGCGAGAGUUUAGUAUUUUGUGAUAUCCCCUUAGCGAGAAAGCGAGAGACGCAAUGUAACAAUGAAGAGAUG